AUGGCUAUACAAAAUGGCAAUACUAUUACGCAAUUUUUUCUUUCUGUACAAAAUGAACCUGAUACACAAAUGGAUGAUACUCAUUUAAAUGAAUUGGAAGGUCAUGAUGAUAUCAAUUUAUCAUCCACAGGGUCAGAAAUAGAGAGUGAUAAUGAAAUUGAAUUAAUAAAAUUAAUUCCUUUUAUAGAAAAAAAACUUCAAGAUGAGAUUUUAUUACCUGAACAAAAAUGGCGAUUAGGAGCUGUACUUCAAUAUUGUAAAAAUGAAUAUUUUGCUCGUCAACUUCGAAAGUGGACUCGUAUGUUAGCACAAAUUCAAGAAAUUCCUGUUUCAAUACGUGGGAAACAUAUUAAAGUUAAAAGUCUUCUUGAUGAUGAAGACAUACAACAAGGUCGAGCAAUUCACGUUAGUGAUUUUUUAUGUGAAACUAUUGGAAGACUUAAACUUAAUAAAGAACAAAUAAAUACUGUUGAUGAAAACUUUCCACAUGAAGCAAAAACAAUAAUAUAUCCUGGAAAAAAUCAUGAUGGUUAUUGGAAUAUUGAAUAA